UUUUUUACAGCAGUGCGGUGCGGAGGCUAGUUGUCAAAAAAAUCAUUUCGGUAAAAGCGGGCCGAUUAAUUUGCAAAAAUGUUUUAUCUCGGAUUUUCUAUUUAAUUGUAGUUAUGUAUGCCAACAUAACAGCGUGUGAAGCUAAAUCGCGUUUAACUGGUACUUAUUCGGACAUUCGGCACCAUGGUGCAGGGUCACCCACCGUUGGUGAUCGAGGAAUUGCCAAAAGAAGACGAAGAAAGAUUAGAAAAGCUAUUUUCUAAAUUAGACAACGAUGGGAACGGCAAGAUCGACAUCCACGACCUGUCGGUGGCGCUCAAGGAGCUGGCCCCACACAUCAACCGCAGCUACGCAGAGAAGUUCCUGGCGAAGACCGGCAAGGACCCCGGCGACGUGACCCUGUCCGAGUUCAUCCACUACGUGCGAGAACACGAGAAGAACCUGCGACUGCAGUUCUCGCAUCUUGACAAGAACCAGGAUGGCAAGGUGGACCUCGAGGAGCUCAUAUCUGCGUUCGCAGACCUCGGCGUGGCGGUGGGCCGGCAUGAGGCCACCAACCUGCUCAAAAGAAAACCUCGGUGGCAUAGUUUUUGGUGGAUGGACCAGGACGGGAGCCUCAACAUCAGCUACGACGAGUGGCGUGACUAUCUGCUGCUGGCGCCGUCGACCGACAUCCACGCCCUCAUACACUUCUGGCGGCAUUCCACGUACCUGGACAUCGGUGAAGACAUGAACGUGCCCGACGACUUCACGGCGAGCGAGCUGCAGACGGGCAAGUGGUGGCGCCACCUGCUGGCGGGAGGCAUCGCCGGCGCCUUCAGCAGGACCUGCACCGCGCCGCUCGACCGGCUGAAGGUGUUCUUGCAGGUGAACCCAACCCGCGAGAACAUGGGCAGUUGUCUGGCUCGCAUGAUCAGCGAGGGCGGCAUCACGGGGCUGUGGAGAGGGAACGGCAUCAACGUCAUCAAGAUCGCGCCAGAAUCGGCCAUCAAGUUCGCAGCCUACGAACAGAUCAAGAGACUGAUAUUGGGGGAGCGGCAGAACCAGCCGCUGCAGCUGUAUGAGCGGUUUAUCGCGGGCGCCACGGCUGGCGGGUUCAGCCAGACUGUUAUUUAUCCGCUUGAGGUGCUCAAAACUAGGCUAGCGCUGCGCAAGACCGGCCAAUACAACGGCAUUCUAGACGCGACCCGCAAGAUCUACGCUCGAGAAGGCCUGCGUUGCUUCUAUAAGGGCUACAUACCCAACAUUCUCGGGAUUAUCCCAUAUGCGGGCAUCGAUUUGGCUACGUAUGAGACGUUAAAGAAGAAGUAUAUUCAUCGGUAUUCGACGCAGAAUGAGCAGCCGGGGAUGUUGUUGCUGUUGGCUUGUGGAAGUGUGUCGUGUACGCUUGGACAAGUGUGCUCGUACCCUCUGGCGCUUGUGCGGACUAGGUUGCAGGCUCAAGAGAACGCAGCGAAAGUGGCCGAGGGCACGAUGCAAGGCGUCCUCAAGGACAUCGUCCAGCGCGAGGGCUUCCGCGGCCUGUACCGCGGCAUCACGCCCAACUUCAUCAAGGUCAUCCCCGCGGUCUCCAUCUCUUACGUCGUGUACGAAUACGCCGCCCGCUCGCUCGGCGUCAACAUGACGUGACGAGCCCCCGGCACACACUGCCGCUUAGUUAAGUCCAUAUUAUUUAUUCCACUGUCAAUUGUUAUUCCGUUGGAAACGAGGAAGGCUAAGAGGAUUCGGAAUCUGUGAUUUUGUCACCACUUUUGUACUUUUAGUUCUUUUUGUAUAGCGAGGACCGCCGAGGUGUGCUGUGAUUAGUGGUAAAGGGGGGUGAUGCCCGAAAGGAUGUGUGAUUCCAUUCUCUAGAAGGACAAAGAUUGUGUGCGCUGGUCCCGCAUGGUUUAUUUUUAUUCUGUUAAGCGUGUAGCUCUCAACAUCUAGUUUAUUGUGUACGUAACAACGCUAAAAGACGUAAUGUAAUGUGCUAACAAACGGUGAUGUAACUGCGAUGUUACUGUUAAGUAAACGUAGAUACUUACCACGUCGCUUAGUUUUAUUCUAGUGAAAAUUGGAAGUAAUAUAAAGACAGAAACGGCAGAAUAAUAUGAUUGAUAGAAACAUAUUUUUUCGCUGUUAUUUUUUAUUUAGAGGAGGUUAUUUUGAUUGAGUAGAAAUGAAUCCAGUAGCCGGUUGUAUAGUGGAUAUACAAGAUGGUGGAUGUAGUGAGGCGAUCCCUCGGUGCUCGGUCGGCGAACCAUAGAGUCUGGGACUUAAACUGCAUUUAUGUGUAAAUGAAUAGUGGCGGCUCGCCACCUCACAAGACUCGGCGCCGCGGCGGAGGUGUCACUCAUUCAAUACUUAUUUAUUGAAAGUAGUAAUUAAAUUUUGUUAAUAAAUAUUUAGAUGUUUUUAAGUUAGCUAAUAUAAAUUAUGAAUAAUAACAGCAAUCUUCAGUGCCUGCCACGCUCAUAUACUACAGAUUUACACAUUUUGUUCCCGUUGUGUUUGUUGUUUGUAUGCGCUCUGUACUCUACAUAAAAUUAUAGCGCCAUAAUGCAUUUUUCCCUGUAAAAUUGUCUGCGUCUUGGUGUCGUGGUUUAAAAUACUGUUUUAAAAUCUCUUCUAUAUCUCUAGAGUAGGAAUGCUUAAAUUUUGAAUAUUUCUUAGGUAAAUUUAAUAAAGUUACGAGUACCUCAUUGCAGUAACUUCAGCGCUGGAAUACAAACAUUCUUGACCAUUAUUAAAUGAAUAGAGAUCCAACAAUAGAUUGGUUGUGUUUUCACAAAGCAUCUCCGUCGAAAAUAAGAGUGAUGUUGGUGUUUCAGCGCUGAAGCGACGGCAGUCCGACAUCUUAUGAUUGUUAAAUGUUGUUGUUGAUAUAACGUGGUGUGUUCUCGUGACCUCAGACCUGCAUAUAGCAAGGACAACAAUACAUAGCCUGUAGUUAGAGUAGGUAGGUCUAAACAAAUUAUUUAAAUUAUAUUAAAGCCGUCUCGCAAAUAGAUACUUAGUAGGUACCUAGUUCAGCUAGCUUAUGUACUUUGACUAUAAUGAAUACGAGGCAAUGUGUUUUGGAAAUCUCCCCGUCUGCAUAUUAUAUCUACACUAGAUUUAAGCAACUGAAGCAAUAGUGAGUGAAACUAAACACCAAUAAUUUAUGAAUGAAAUAGUAUUACAUUUACAAUGAUACGUAUAAUUAUGCUGCCUGUAAAUAGAGAGUAGUGUCAAAUUACUUGCAUAUUCUAACAGAAACUGUUGAUUAUCCUGCGUACCCAUAUGGUAAGCAACGCACAUUUAUUAAUAAAUAAACAAUAAGAGAGAGAGAGAGUACCCAUGAUAGUCUCAAUAGCAGUCCCAGUGCGGCUUGUAAUAAUCACAGUAACUAUUAGUCAAGUAACAUGACACUGCCCUAUUUCACCGAACACCAGUUCGCAUUUGCGAUGCCUUAACAUUUAACAAUAUGAAUAGUUUACUUAAAUAAUGAAAGUAGUGCAAUUUGUAUCGAUGAGAAGCGCUAAGCGACAUACAUACGGGGCUCCCAAGGUUGCGCUUAUGUUGCCUGGGGUAUACGAAGGCCUUAAGACCGCCUAGCCUUUGCCUGCUUUGAGGUAAUCCCUAUGUUAUCGUUAAUGCUGUGUGGCUUAUCAAAGUUACUCUAUGUAUACUAGUUACAAGAAUAUUUUGUUAAACUAUUUCAAUGUCAUAUUCAUAUAAUAUUGUCUGUUGAUAUUAAUUAUAUUUAAAUAAAGUAAUUAAUCAAUUGAA